AUGGAAGUUGAGAAACCUAGCUUCCAUACUGUUGAAAUACAAGACGCAACUGCUGAAGCAGUUGAUAUACCGCCAAAAUCCAUGGAAAAGUCAGGUUUCCUAACUGACAUUGGUUUGUGGCCCAACUCAUCUACUCUUGAGAUGCGGGAGUAUUGUUCCAAAAAUGGAAAUUCGUCAGUAAGGAAACCUCUGGAAAAACUGCGCAAUGAAGGAUUUCCAAAAUCAUUUAAAGAUGGACCCAUGAACAGUCUCAACAUCAUAUACGCGCUGUGA